AUGCUUCGACUGCGCUUACAAGGCGCGCUCAUGCUUGCCAGUGUCCCCUUGACAAGCAGCAGCAGCAGCAGCAGCAGCAGCACCACAACAGCAGCAGCAGCAGCAGCAGCAGCGACAGCGGCAGCAACAGCUGCAACAAAGCGGCAGCAGCAGCACGAGCCGCAGAAACAUAGAAACAACAGCAACAACCGCAGUAACACAUCAACUACAACUGCAGCAGCAGCAGCAGCAGCAGCAGCAACAGCAGCAGCAGCAGCAGCAGCAGCAGCAGCAGCAACAGCUGCAUCUUUGAUAAUGUCUCCAUCUCUUAGAUUCCCUGAUUGUUCUUUUGUUGAGCGUGAUGCUGCUGCCCCGGAAGGAAAUGGCUGCAGCAGCAGCAGCAGCUGCAGCAGCAGCAGCUGCAGCUGCAGCAUCUGCUGCUGCAGCAAGGAUACAUGUGGGGGUACUGGCUGCGACACCAGCAACGGCAGCUGCCGCAGCUCCUGCAGCAGAAGCAGCGUAGAGAGAGAAAACACAGAUCUCCCCCCCCUGAGGGGCCCCCUUCAUGCUGCUUGGCUUGAGGGCCCCGCAGCAGACUCAGCAGCAGCAACAGCAGCAGCAGCAAUAGCAGCAGCAGCAGCAGCACCCCCACAAACAACAGCAACAACCAACGGUCAAAACUCAGGCCUAUGGGCUGUAGCGCUGCAGCAAUCUGCUGCUGCUGCUGCUGCUGCUGCACUCAUGCGCAGGAGCCCCUCCGCCCCCAGCUUAGUUAGCGGGGUGCUGCGUGAUUGUCUACAGAGCAGGCAGCAGCUGCAGCUGCUGCAGCAGCAGCUGCUGCUGCAGCAGAUGCAGCAGCUCAAGCUGCACCCGCAAGAGCAGCAGCAGGAGACGGAUGGGCGGCCCCAUGAGCUCGAGUCUUCGCUUGAACAGCAGCAGCAGCAACUGCAGCAGCAGCAGCAGCAACUGCAGCAGCAGCAGCAACAACUGCAGCAGCAGCAACUGCAGCAACAACAGCAGCAACUGCAACAGCAGCAACUGCAACAGCAGCAACAACUGCAGCAGCAGCAACUGCAGCAACAGCAACUGCAGCAGCAGCAGCAGCAACUGCAGCAGGAACAACUGCAGCAGGAACAGCUGCAGCAGGAGCAGCUGCAGCAGGGCCACCACCAGACAGCCGCUGCAGCAGCAGCAAGAGCAGCAGCUGAUGCAUUUGAUUCUGCAGGCACGCAGCAGCAGCAGCAGCAGGAGCAGCAACUGCCGCACUUGCAGCUGCAGCAGCAUAGGCAACUGCAACAGCAAGCGCAGCUGCAGCAGCCGGAGCAGGAGCAGCAGCAGUUGCUGCUGCAGCAGCAAGGGGAAGAGGACCAGCAGCAGCAACAGCAGCAGCAGCAGCAGCAGCAGCAGCAGCAGUCGCUGCCCCAGCAGCUAGAAGCAGCAAUUCCCAACUCUCGGCAGCAGCGGCAGCAGCUGCGGCAGCAGAAGAGUUUAGCUGCAGCAGCAGCAGCAGCAGCAGCAACAGGCAGUGGUGCUCUGGGGGGCAGCAACAAGUUCGGAUCUCUAGCUGAGAGCAUUGCAGCAGCAGCAGCAGCACCAACUGCAGCAGCAGCAGCAGCUGCUGCUGCUGCUGCUUGCUGCAGCAACUCCAGAAAGAGGCGCUGCACAAGGCCCCCCAGGAACCGUGCAGGUAGCGGCAGCAACAGCAACAGCAGAUACAGCAGCAGCAGCAACUGCAACUGCAGCAGCAGCAGCAGCAGCAGCACACGCACCCGGACGAGGACGCAGAGCGAUGCCACUCAUUCUAUGCUAAAAAAGAAAACACACCAAGUAGAAGAUCAGUUCUUUCGGAUAAAGAUGUGUCAGAAUUUCUUGAAUGGCAGCUGUUCUAAGAGCAACAGCUGCAGCUACGCGCACAGCGCCGAGGAGCUCCGCGAGCCCCCGGCCUUAACUAAGACCAAGAUGUGUGUACACUGGCAGGCAGGUACGUGCCCGGCUACUGACGGCUCCUGUCUCUUUGCUCACGGCGAGGCCGAGCUCCGCAGCACCAGCGACUACUACAAGCAGCAGCAGCAGCAACAGCAGCAGCAGCAACAGCAGCAGCAGCAACAGCAGCAACAGCAGCAGCAAACUGCUGCUGCAGGACUCACGGCAGGAACUACAGCAGCAGCAGCAACAGCAACAAAUGCGACUCAGAAUGCUGCUGCUGCUGGUACCGCUCCUGCUGCUUCUUCUGCUUCUACUGCUGCUGCUGCUGCUGCUGCUGCUGCAUCUCCCGCAGGAACCUCGACAGAGCUGCAGCAGCUGCAGCAGCUGCAGCAGCAAUCACCGGCGCCAGAACGGCAACGGGGUGUAUCCGCAGCUACGCAGAACAAGCGAACGAUAUCUGUUGAUAGACAGCAGCAGCAGCAGCAGCAGCAGCAGCAGCAGCAGCAGAAGCAUCACCACCACCAUUCGCAUGGCCACCAUCGUCGGGGUGACGGGCAUUCAUCGCGAGGGCAGCAGCAGCAACAGCAGCAGCAACAGCAGCAACAGCAGCAACAGCAGCAGCAACAGCAGCAGCAGCAACAAGCUUUUAUGGCAGAGCAGGAUCCAAGCCAUGGUUGGCAGCAGCACGAUCAGCAGCAGCAGCAGCAGCAGCAGCAGCAACAGCAGCAGCAGCUGCUGCUGAUGCAGCGAGCUGCUGUAGAGAGCAGCGCUCCGGUGUAUGCGCAGGUCCCCUUCGUCCCCCCUGACGUGUAUUCUACUCUCCCUGGGUUGCUGCCGUAUGCAACCCCAUUCGUGCAGGUGCCGUAUGCAGCAGCAGCAGCAGCAGCUGCUGCUGCUGCAGCACCAGGGCCCCAGUACGCCCCCACCAGCUUCCCCCUCGGUAUCUUUCCGCCGUACCCGCUGCUGCAGGUACCACCAGUGCAGCAGCCCCUUGUUAGCCAGGCAGCAGCAGCAGCAACGCGCAGAGGGACCCAGAUAUACUUAAACUGCUUCAUAGUUGUUGCAGCAGCAGCAGCAGCCACUGCAGCAGCAGCAUCUGCUGCUGCAGCAGGUAGGGCCUUCGCUGCUGCAGCAGAAGCAGCCGCCGCCGCAGCCGCAGCAGCAGCAGCAGCAGCAGCAGCAGCAAAUACCAGCAGUGUGGAAUCCAAGUCCCUGCUUCUGGCAGCAGCAGCAGCCGCAGCAGCUGCUGCUGCAGCAGCAGCAGCAGCAGCAGCAGCUCAGGCCACGGGGUGUAUGGGCAGGUCCCUGCUUCUGGCAGCAGCAGCAGCCGCAGCAGCUGCUGCAGCAGCAGCAGCAGCAGCAGCAGCAGCUGGGUGA